AUAUAAUACUCAGCUGCUGAGAUCUUUGACUACCACUGAGGAUCCCUCAAACAUGCAACAACAGUUCAAGAUGUGUCUCAAUUUGCUACUGUUACCCAUUACUCCCUCAGCCUUUGGUUUAUUCACUUAAAACGGUCUCAGUUUAGCCUGUGGCUGAGCUAAUGUGAUAUCUCAUUGGCUCUCAUCAUGUAGAUCAUCUAAGCCAUCUGGCUCAACAGCAUUGUAGCGAGCAGGAAGUCUGACAGUGAUGCCCCUGCACAUGUGCAAGGAGCAACCCAUUUUCAGUUACUGUCCUACACAGCCUCUUUAUUUUUGGAUCCUUGAUGACCCCUCUGCCAGUCUGUGGAAUGCCCUGGGGCUGCCAGAAGGCUUCCCUCUCCUCCUCUUUCCUCCCAGUUCCCGGAGCUCUCAAAAAGGGACCACGCGGCAACAGAUCUCCUCUUCGUGUCUCUUCUCGCCUUCCGCAAUGGAAGAAGGUCCCCUGCGGGUGCUGACUUUCCCCACUACCCCAUUUCCUGACCAGAGGCCCGGCACCAGUGGGCUGAGGAAGAAGGUCUAUGUUUUCCAGUCUAAAAGGAACUAUCUGCACAACUUCAUUCAGAGUGUCUUCUCCUCCAUUGACCUGCGAGAUCGCCAAGGCUCCACAGUGGUGGUUGGAGGAGAUGGACGAUAUUUCAACACAACUGCCAUCCAGGUCAUAGUGCAAAUGGCCGCAGCCAAUGGGGUAGGCCGCCUAGUUAUUGGUCAGAAUGGCAUCAUGUCCACGCCAGCUGUUUCAUGUGUGAUCCGGAAGUAUAAAGCUAUUGGUGGAAUUUUGCUGACUGCCAGUCACAAUCCUGGAGGACCAGAUGGAGAUUUUGGAAUUAAGUUCAAUAUCGCCAAUGGAGGGCCUGCACCAGAAACUGUCACAGAGCAAAUCUUCCAGAUAAGCAGAACCCUUGAAGAGUAUGCCAUCUGCCCUGAACUCACAGUGGAUCUGGUAACCCUUGGCAAGCAGACCUUUGACUUGGAGAACAAAUUCAAACCAUUUACAGUGGAGAUUGUGGACUCAGUGGAAUCCUACGCAAAUAUGCUGAGGAACAUCUUUGACUUUGCAGCACUUAAGGAGCUGCUAUCUGGAGAGAACCACAUACGCAUUCGUUUAGAUGCUAUGCAUGGAGUGGUUGGUCCAUAUGUGAAAAAGAUCCUGUGUGAGGAGCUGGGCUCCCCUGCAAACUCAGCCAUUAACUGCAUUCCUCUGGAAGACUUUGGUGGUCAGCAUCCAGACCCUAACCUGACUCACGCCGCAGAUCUGGUUGAGACCAUGAAGGGUGGCCAGUAUGACUUUGGAGCUGCCUUUGAUGGUGAUGGUGACCGUAAUAUGAUCCUGGGGAAGCAUGGGUUUUUCGUUAACCCCUCAGAUUCGGUUGCUGUCAUUGCAGCCAACAUGUUCUGCAUCCCCUAUUUUCAGCACAUGGGAGUGAGAGGCUUUGCCAGAAGUAUGCCCACCAGUGGAGCACUUGACAAUGUGGCUAAAGCAACCAAAAUACAACUGUACGAAACUCCAACUGGGUGGAAGUUCUUUGGGAGCCUGAUGGACGCUGGUCAUCUGUCUCUCUGUGGAGAAGAGAGCUUUGGCACUGGUGCAGACCAUAUCCGGGAAAAGGAUGGUCUCUGGGCUGUGCUUGCAUGGCUUUCCAUUCUUGCUGCCAGAAAACAGAGUAUUGAGGAGGUUAUGACUGAACACUGGAAAACCUAUGGCAGGAACUACUACACCAGGUAUGACUAUGACAAUGUGGACAUAGAUGCAGCUGUGGAGUUGAUGUUAAACCUUGAGGUGAUCAUUUCUGAUAAAGAGUUCAUUGGGCAGAAGUUCACUGAAGGAGAAAAAACCUACCAGGUAGAGAGAGCUGACAACUUUGAAUACAGUGACCCAGUAGAUGGAAGCAUUUCAAGAAACCAGGGAUUACGGAUCAUAUUUAAAGAUGGUUCUCGCAUAAUCUUUCGCCUGAGUGGAACAGGUAGUUCUGGGGCUACAAUACGCCUAUAUAUUGACAGCUAUGAGAAAGAUGUGAACAAGAUUUUCCAGGACCCACAGGUGAAGCUGGCUGAGCUUGUGACCAUUGCUGUCCAAUUAUCGCAACUGCAAGAGAGGACGGGAAGGAGUAGUCCUACUGUCAUUACAUGAUUUUUUUUUUUAUUAUUUGGCUAAUCUUUUUAAUAAAACUCGUUUCUAGAGUA